AAAAAGUAAAAGGAAAACAUUGGAAAAGCCAUACCGAAAGCCUUUUGCGAUAUAUAGUAGGGGAUUGGAAAGAAACUUCUGUAGCGGUCUUGUCUCCUCCUCUUUCUGUACAACAUUGAUAACAAAUACAGCUUUACAAAGUACCAGCUAAGGCAAAGCAAAACACAAAUUGCCUGCAACUUCAAACGAUAAAUUAAUCUCCAAUCAGGAAAGAAAACCAAACCCAAAAAACUAUUCGCUUGUGGUAUUAAGGUUGGAUCGAGUAGUCUUUUGCGAUUGAAUCAGAAGGCAGGGUGUUGUUUUGGCGGGGGUUCGAGCUAGUAACCUUUGCAAUUUUGAAUCUUUUCAAAUUUUUGAGUUUACAGUUUAAUGAAUCGGUUAAAAUGAAUGUUUUAGACUGGAUUUUGAUUCAUCGACGUUGAUCUUUAUAGCGUAGCGUGUUGUUGACGCUAUCAUUGUGGCGGGGAGAAAGCUUUUGAAGGAAUAUCAGGGCUGAUUUGGCGAAGAAACCCUGCGGUGAAGGGGGCCUGGAGUCAGACAAUUGGGGGCGCGGGUGCUUGGCUUUCCUCGCACAUUUAUGCAGCCCCUAUUUUGCAAAAUAUCUGCGGAAUUCCACCGGCCAAGCCAAUAGCAUCGGCAACAGCAACAUGACGGAUGUUACGUCGCUGCUGCCUGCGUCCGUGCUGCGGAAUCUCGCGGACAAGCUCUACGAAAAGCGGAAAAAUGCGGCUUUGGAGGAAACGGAAGGAGGGAGACUGAGAGACGGAACAGUCAGCUGCAAGAUCGACCAAAUUCUACUCAUUUCAGCACCUAAAAUGCUUGAAGGAGUUAUAAAAAAUUUGACUGCUGUUGGAGACCAUGAAAAGAUAUCGGCGAUAAUCAAUGUGCUGACAAACGAAUUUGCUCUCUCUCCUCAAGCGAAUCACAGAAAGGGUGGCUUAAUAGGGCUGGCUGCAGCAACUGUUGGUUUGGCAUCAGAAGCUGCUCAGCAUCUUGAGCAAAUUGUUCCCCCUGUUCUCAACUCUUUUACUGAUCAAGAUAGCAGAGUCCGUUAUUAUGCUUGUGAAGCCCUGUAUAAUAUAGCAAAGGUUGCAAGGGGAGAGUUUAUCAUCUUCUUUAACCAAAUUUUUGAUGCACUAUGCAAACUCUCAGCUGACUCAGAUGCUAAUGUGCAAAGUGCUGCACAUCUUUUAGACCGCCUUGUUAAAGAUAUUGUUACAGAAAGUGACCAGUUCAGCAUAGAAGAGUUCAUACCACUCUUGAGGGAGCGGAUGAAUGUUCUAAAUCCUUAUGUACGCCAAUUCCUGGUUGGAUGGAUAACAGUUUUGGACAGUGUUCCUGAUAUUGAUAUGCUAGGCUUCUUGCCUGAUUUUCUUGAUGGUCUUUUUAAUAUGCUGAGUGACUCUAGUCAUGAAAUACGGCAGCAGGCAGAUUCUGCACUCACUGAAUUCUUACAAGAGAUAAAAAACUCUCCGUCAGUGGAUUAUGGACGCAUGGCUGAGAUAUUAGUACAAAGAGCGGAUUCUCCUGAUGAGUUUACUCGGUUGACGGCUAUCACUUGGAUGAAUGAGUUUGUUAAGCUCGGAGGAGAGCAGCUAGUUUCUUAUUAUGCAGAUAUUUUAGGAGCCAUUUUACCAUGCAUUUCUGAUAAAGAAGAGAAAAUAAGAGUGGUCGCUCGUGAAACAAAUGAUGAGCUUCGAGAAAUUACACCUGUGCCUGGAGAGGGAUUUGACAUUGAAUCAGUGCUCAAAAUUGCUAGGAGGGAAUUAAGUAGUGAAUGGGAGGCUACUAGACUUGAGGCUUUGCAUUGGAUUAAAGUUCUUCUGGAUAAGUAUCGAACAGAGGUACUAUCAUUUCUUGAUUUUAUCUUUCCGGCUCUUCUCAAAUCUCUCUCAGAUUCAUCUGAUGAAGUGGUCUUACUUGUUUUAGACGUUCAUGCAUGCAUAGCAAGAGAAGCGCCACAUUUUCGUCACCUUGUUGUUUUCCUUGUACAUAAUUUCCGGAUAGACCACUCACUUCUCGAGAAGCGGGGGACAUUGAUACUACGGAGGCUAUGUGUUCUUCUAGAUGCUGAAAAAGUGUAUCGGGAGUUGUCAACUAUCUUAGAAGGAGAAGCUGAUUUGGAUUUUGCUUCAGUCAUGGUUCAGGCACUAAACUUAAUCCUUCUUACUUCAUCAGAGCUAGCUGAACUGCGGGCACUCUUAAAACAGUCUUUGUCCAACAAAGCUGGCGAAGAUUUAUUUGUAGCUUUGUACUCUUCAUGGUGUCAUUCUCCCAUGGCAACUAUAAGUCUCUGCUUAUUAGCCCAGGCAUAUCAGCAUGCUAGUGCUGUAAUUCAAUCGUUGGUUGAGGAAGACAUUAAUGUCAAGUUUUUGGUACAACUGGACAAGUUGAUUCGUUUGCUUGAGACACCAAUUUUCACAUAUUUGAGACUACAGCUUUUAGAUCUUGGACGGUAUCCAUGGUUGUUGAAAGCUCUAUAUGGUCUUUUGAUGUUGCUUCCUCAGACGUCAGCAAGUCUAAGAUCCUUCCACCUUGACCACAUUGCUGUAUAUUCCUAGUAAUGCAGUCUCAGGUUAUCAUGCUUGGAUAGUUUAAUAUCCUGCAAACAGCUCCAAUUUAGAUCAUAUUUCCGUCCCAAUUGGUUACUUACGUAUGUGGUCUACUAAUUUAAUUUCUAUGAUAAUGUAUCUUGGUUGGCACAUUGUUUUGUGGCUGGCAUAAGCAAAUUAAUUUUUUGUUUGGGGAUUGUUGUUAAUAUGUCAACAGUGUGUUUUAUUAGGGAAAGUAAUCUUCCACUUGAUGAUUGCAAAUGAAGAAUUGAGCUACUUGUAUGGUGUUCACAGAUGCAUCAUUUUCAUACUGGGUAUUAUGAGAUGCUUGUAUUGAGAAUGACAAUUUCUUCCUAAUAGUUUAUUUCAGAAUAUUUUUAAUUUGUACAGACAAAUUAAUUAUUGAUCUAUUCCUCUGGCUGUGUACAAUUAAUCUCCAUAAAUUCUUUACAAUCAUCAGCUAUCUGUUGUUAAGUUUCUCCACAAUAAGUGAUAUAAUUCCCCACUUGUUGGGAUAGUCAAUCAUCAACAGAGUUGUACAUUAGCAAAUUGUUCUUAUUAAUAAUGUGGAAGUUAUUAAGUCUCAUCAUGUAUAAGAAGUUAUAAAGAAUCAUGCACAUUAAAGAUGGGAAAACUCAUCUACUUACUGUGAGAUCUUUUGCAUUCUGGUGUGCUUAUUAUGUCUAAGUUUUUCUUGUGAACAUUAAUAAACGCUCUUAUCUGCAAGAAUAUGACUUGUUUAGCAAUAGCCUUGUUGGCAAUUUGUAGUAGAUAAGGGCAUGGACACCUCAGUAACUGGAAUGGUCAUCAUACUAUGUGCUUGCUACACAGGGCUCUAAUUUAUGCCUGUAAUGCUGUUUGAAUUGCAUCUGUAGCAAUAAUGCAUUCACUUUUCUUCAAAAUAUCAGUAAACAUUCUUUAGUAUUAACAAUCAAUUAAAAUUGCUAUUAUUUGUGAACUUAAAUCUUGUUAGUGACAGCUCAUUAAUGUUCCAUUGGGAGCUACUAAUAUUCUCAUUAGAUUUUUCUUUAUAGGACAACUCCUUUUUCUAGUAAUUUCAUGUAUAUUGUUUUUUUGGUUCAACAUUGGAUUGCAUGAGUGUCUGAUUACUCUAAGCAAACAUUUUAUAAAGAGAGAGUCGUCCGAUUCUCAAGUUUUUCAACAUUCUUUUGUGGGUGUCACUUUAAUCGGCCUCUCAUUUUGUUCAUUGCUUUUUGUAAUCUUGUAUGCCAUUUAAACAUUUCUUCAGGAUUUAACAUGAAUUUUGUUCAUAUUUCUCAAGUUAUUCUUUAGGGAUUCACAGCCUUACAUCUUGCAUUUAAUUCUGGAAAGCCAAAUCAAAGGCAUUCAUCCAGGGGCCUGUUAAACACAAACCGAUACAUCCUUACAGCAAAGCUGGAAUAUACACCACCACAAAGUACACAGAAUAAAGGCCUAAUUUCCUGCAAGUAUGUGCUGCCGUAUCUUGGCAAAUUCGUCACUAGAUGUGCUUUUAGAAUAUGACAUGCCAUGGGCUGUUAUCAUGAAAGAGCUUUUAUUGCCCUUCAAUUCCAUGCACUAUUAUUUGUUCCCAUAGAAGAGUAAAAGAUAAGAAAAAAAGGUUGAAAGUGGAGUUCUUGAUUCUUAUCGUCUUUUAAUUUGCACCAGAUAUAAUAGUUCACUAUAAAAGCUUUGACAUACUGCUGGUUAUGUUUGUCAAAUUCUAUGUUUGAACUUCAUAAAAUAAUAUUUUUUUCUGUAUCCAUUAUAUCUUUAUCAUUAUGUAUGUUGGGUUCACUUGAUUGAAAUGACUAUCCUGUCUUCCCAUCACAUAUUUAGAAUAAUUUUUGCUUUUGUAUUUUGGAUUUUGUUCUUCAAAUUUUGUUAUCACCUGUUAAGUUGUAGUGAUU